AUUAAUUACUAGCUGGACCUGGGAAACUGCAUUAGCUAUAUUUUUUAAAAUCAUUACGCAUUUUUUUUUUUCUUCUGUAUGAUAACUAUAUGUCUUGCAAGCGGCUACUGAUGCAAAAUGAUCAGAUGAAGUCAUUUAAAGGAGAAUAAGCACAAAACGUAUAUGAAAGAUAGUUCCCGGUUCCAUGAAGUUCAUACAUUUCAAGCUUUCCAACAGUAAAUGGUGUCUUGAAGAAAUCGGAAUUUCAUUUAUUGCCCGAAUAUAGUGAUGUACCACGAGAACUUCCUGCUCUUCAUCCAAAUGACGCAGAAUUUUUCUAGCCAGAUGUUUCAUUUGAUAUGCCAGUAUUAGAGAAAAUCUGCAAUGACUGUAACACUGAUCUGUGUUCUUUAAAAGAAGAGGCUUAUGUAAGUGCAUCAUGUUGCUCAGAUGAUUGUACUAUACUUCCAUAUUUAGAAGAUACCAUUGAAAAGGCUACUGCAAUUUCUAUAGAAGCUGCUAGUCCGUUAGCAUUGAAUACCAUAACUCAGAAUAUAUCUAAGGACAUUCCAUUUCCUGGUAUUUGUUAUGAAACAAAUGCAGCAUUGUCAGUUACAAGUUCUGCUUCUUCAUUAACUGUUGAAAAUGUCACUGCAUCUACAAAUUGUACAAGUUAUACUUCUGUUGUAGAUAUAAAUGUGAAUGAUACCCUAAAAAUAUCUGAUUUCCAAAAAACUAAUAUUGAAGAGACUGUAGGUUCGUUUGUAGAACGAGCUGUGAUUACAAGCUCAUGCAGCAUACUUGAUUCUUUAAAUGUUCUGAAUUAUGAUAAUUCUUUUAGUUCUGUAAAUGUAAAUGAACUCUUAGAUAAAACGGAUUCCCAAGAAGCUGAAGUUGAGGAAAAUGUAUCCUUGCUUCUACAUGAAACAAUCAAUAGACUUGAUUCCCAAGGAAUUUUGAAAGAAAAUAUUGAGCUGUAUAAUAAAGUAAGACAGACUGAAGAACAAGUUUGUGAUAAUAGGGAAUUAAGCAGAACUGAUUGUAUGCUCACUAUUUCUAGUGAAAAUAAUGUUCAAAUGUCUAAUUCAAAUAUGUUAAUGCAUGAACAUAAUGACAAACAUACUCAUAUGCAGAGUGAAGUGCAAGUACAAUGUGAUAUCAAGCUAAUAGAAAAUGAAGCGUGUGCAAGACAGCAGAGUAAGUUUGAAACUCCUUUGAAUGAAAAAAGUGAUGAAAGGAUUUAACUUUAUUCUGAAAGCCCAUUAGUUGAUGUUACUACAUGCAGUGAUCAAAAGAAACAUGGCAAGCAAAGCAUUUUCGUUGAUUUUAGCAGCCAAUUUAUUAGUGCUAAUGUAGACCAUAGAGAGCAACAUUCUGAUAUUCCAGAGAAUUUCAUUAAAAGAUUCCAGAUUGAUGCAAAUAAGUACGUUGAAAUGGAAUGUUUCGGUAUUGUUACUAAUGUAGAAAAUGCCAGAUGUAGAGAGAAUGAAGGUGCUUCUUUACAUGAGGAAGGUGAACAAACUCAGUUGUCGACUGAAAAGGAAAGAUUUUUAAUUCCUGUAAGACUUGAAGAAGAAUCAUUUUCUAAGUCUUAUAAGAUAAACUUAAAAUUAAUUGAUACUGAAGCUGGAAAUAUAUUAAACUGCAAUAUCUUAGACCAGAAGGAAUUCAAACCACAUGCUUUUAGAAAUUCCUUGAAUGAGCAAGAUAAGAGUAUUAAAUUAAAUACUUGUACAGAUCAUCCAUUGUAUAAUGAUGUUAAUGAACGAAUCAUGCAGCCCAAUGAACUGGAUUCUUGUAAAGAAAGUAAUCAGCGUAAAAAAAAUCAAAUAUCAUAUUUGAUGGUGAAGUAAAUAAUAACAUUUGGGCCAAAAUCCCAAAACUUGAUGCUAGUGGACCAAAGAGGUGCUAUGCUGAUGGAGAUAUGGAUAUUUCAGACAAAACAUUAUUUGCUGAGGUAUCUAAAACAAGUAAUGAAAACUUAAGCAAUGAAUUAACCCUAAGUCCAGCACAUAUUUUAGGCAAUGUAGAGUGUGGAAAUAAUUUUGCUCUUACAGCUGAUGUUAGGAACGUGAAAUCUUUUUUAAAAAAUGUUUUCAGAUAAUAUGAGCAUGAAGAAAGUAGAAAAAGCAUUGAACCGUACUUACUUGAUGAUCACGAACCUAUUCAAGUCUGCAUUGAUUCAGAAGUACGUACAGCAAAUUCAAUUACUGUGUCACCAUUAAUGGAAGUGCCAAAUAAGAAAAGUAUUAUUCAGGCUGUUGCUGAUAAACCUUUAAGUACCACUUUAGAUUCAAACAAUACUAUGUUCGAAGGCUUUUCAGCAUUGAAUCCAGGUAGGGAAUCUCUUAAUGGUGUAACUGAACCAACACUGCCUGAAACAACUGACCAAGAAACAUUAACUGCAACUUCUAGGCUAAUAAUGUUUGAGGAUUUUACCUCUCAUUUGAAUAAUCAAAACUUUGAUCGUAGUAUAUGUGAUGUGGUUUGUUCUCAUAAAGUUAAUUUAUAUAUACUAGAAACAGAUGUUUCUGAAGUAUAAAACAAUGAAGCUUAGAAUGAAAGUCUAAUAGAUGUGAAAAGAAUUCUAGAAUUAGGGAAAGGCAAAACUCCUGUAGAUGUAGGUGAUAAACAUAUUGUGAAUAUUGAAAAUGAGCAUAAAGAUAAUUGUAACUCAAGCAUUCAUAAACACACAAUAUUGAUAAUUUAAAAAAUGCAGCUGGAGUAGCUGACAAUAAGCUGACAAUAAGGAAACGGAAAUAAUGCCUAACAUAGCUGUUAAAUGUGCUGCUGAUAGUACAUGUGACUCUACUAAACAUUCAUUUGAUCAAAACAGUCUAUCUGAUUCCUCACCUGCUUCUGGUUUAGACUGUAUUUAUCGCCAAAGGAAACUGAAGUUACCAGCUGCAUGCAAAUGGAAAAAUUCUGACCAAAACAUCUCUCUCAAAAAUUUUGCAAAUAAUGUUCUACUGCAUAUAUCGCGUAAUCCGAACAGUGGAAGCAAUGCACUUGAUUUAACAUCUCAUUCUCCAACAAGACGACAGUCUUUGAGUAACAAAUCUGACAGCUCUGCAAAUAGUAUUAACUAUGAUUCAACUUCUAGAAAGAAUUUGUGCAGUAUUCAGGUAAAAGAAACCUUUAGUCCAGAGAAUUGUAUUGAGUGCCAAAAAUUAUGUAAUACCUUCUCAUAUGUGCAGAUUAAUAAUCCAGUUUUAGAUAAUUCAUCAUGUAUUUGCAUUGAACAAACUCUUCCAAUGACAGAAAACUGUGAACAUUAUGUUUUUGAUUGUAGCAAAAAAAAAUUCAGUUCAUCGAGUUCAACUCAGACAAUCAUUGUCAAUACUAAUUCAUAUGAGGAUGCUGAUUUCAGCAGCAGUUCUGAGAAUGACUGUAUGUGGCAAAGCCUUCAUAGUGAAGUAAAUAACUUGUGUAAAAGUAUAAACUGCGAUGAUAGUGAAAAUGCUUUAGAUCUUAGUCUGCAUAGUCAGCUGAAAGCAUAAAUAUGACAGCAGACACUAAAAAGAAGUGUCUCCUAAAGACCUAUAACGAAAAAAUAUGGGCUGUGUCAGAUUGCUGCAGAAGGACAAAGUACUCCUGAAUGUGCACAUGGUGUUGAGCCUUAGCAGAAGAGGAUGCCUUCAUAAUGUGGUGCUGCUGCUCAUAGGAUGGAAAUUUUUAUGAGGGUGCCGUAUUGUAAAUGUGCCUCCAACUAUUUUGAUGAUAAAUUUCUAGCUUGCAAAAAGCAACCUUCAUAAAGGUGCCAUCACCUUUUUCCCAAAGGCACUGAUAUAGAAGUAAAAUUUUAUUUGUUUUGCUAGUCAGAGUAGUAACUAAACCCCUUCUUGGAAAGCAAUGCCCUUUAGCAAUGCUUCCGCAGUUUUAUGAAGGUUGCUUUUUAUAAGUCAUCUGCUAGAUCUUUUGUCAAUAUAACCAUGUGAAUGUUUCUGUCUUUUCAAUCAUUGGUUAACUUGCAUAAAGGUGCUAAUACCUUUUCGAUGGGGCAUUAUUAUGAAGUGGUCUUAACAGAAACUUAGUGAUAGUUUGUUUAAAAAAUAGCAAAAUGUUGCUGAUUUUGAACUAAAUGUCAAGCCUCCCCCCCCUCCAAAUUUCUAUAAAAAUAGAAUGUUGACAAGCUUUAUGCAAAUUCUUCAUUAAACUAAAGUUUAAAGCAAGUUCAUUUCUAAUGAUUAUAUUUAAUUCAAACUAGACAAGAAUAGCAAGCAUAACCUUGACAAAAGUAACGUAGAACAAGUAUAUGGAACUGAGCUGUAUUUCAAAAACUUAAUUCACAGAUUGAUCCAAGUACUUAGCAUUGGAAAAAAAAUUACUUUUUAUGGAUACUUUUAUAUGUUAUUUUUGUUUAAAAUAGAUUUCCUUAAGAAUUUUAAGGGUUAGCAUAAAAUGUGAUUUAAGUUUCCAUGAUUUAAAUCCUGAUAAAUUUAAGAAUUAAGUGACAUUUGUUCA